AUGCCAAUUAAGCCGCUUUCAUUCAAAGGCGACAAGAAGACAUCCAGCUCGAAGAAACGGAAACACAGAGAGGAACGCGCCGAACCCAACACAGAGGGUACGCCGGCCACCGAAGAGAACGACGACGACACCUGGCUCGCUCCGGAUCAAGCCUCCGACCUCACCGGCCCGACUCUCAUCGUCCUCCCCACAACGCCGCCCACGGCCCUAGCCUCCGACGCGAACGGUAACGUGUUCGCUUCACAGAUCGAGAACUUGGUAGAAGGACACCCCGAGACAGCAGAACCGCACGAUGUCCGCCAGGUGUGGGUCGCCAACCAGAUUCCGGGCACGGAAGGCGGGCAGAUGAGCUUUCGUGGCAGUCACGGUGGGUACUUGAGCUGCGAUACUUUGGGCAUACUGGGCGCGAAAAGGGAGGCGAGGGGUGCGGAAGAAGGGUUCGUGCUGGUCCAGGCGACGGAUGGAGGGAGCAGGAGGUGGAGGCUGAGAACUGCGGCGGUGCCGUCGUCAAGCAAAGACACCAAGAAGGCAGGAUCCGGAGAAGUCAAGAAUAAGGAUCAAGACGAGCCGCCACAAGAGGAUGAUGGACACUGCUAUCUCGCCGCAAUCACUGAGGGCAACGACAAACAAAAAGAAACAGAGGACGACUCCGACUCAAAACCACCACCCACCAAGAAAAUCUCAGUUUCCCUACGCGGCGACCAACCCUCCACAUCAGCCUCAACCCUGCUACACAUCAAAAUGCAAGCCCGCUUCAAGCCCCGCGUCCAACAGCUCAAAGCCACCGCUGCCCACGAAAAGAUCUCCCGCGCAGAACUCGAGCACGCGUAG